CUGUAUGCAAAACAUCAAAGAUACCUGUAACAAAAAAACAACUUGUUUAAAGGAGCCAGUUCUCUAUCCAAAUUUACCAAUCAGAAUCUUGCACUGAAAAAAUAAACCAAUAGUGAAUCGCUCCGAGCACAUCCGGAAUUUAGCAACCGAUCACUAACAGGGAUUGUCCACAAUCCAAUCAGAGUGAUUCUGUUCCUAUAUAAAUAGAGGGGUAAACCAAUUUUCCUAACCCACUUACUUUGCAGCUGAGGUAUGGCGCGUACUAAGCAGACCGCUCGUAAAUCCACAGGCGGUAAAGCACCGCGAAAGCAGCUGGCCACUAAAGCAGCUCGCAAGAGUGCUCCAGCUACGGGUGGCGUGAAGAAGCCUCAUCGCUACCGCCCUGGUACCGUGGCUUUGCGCGAGAUUCGUCGCUACCAGAAGUCCACCGAGCUUCUUAUCCGAAAGCUGCCGUUUCAGCGCCUGGUGCGAGAAAUCGCUCAGGACUUCAAGACCGACCUGCGCUUUCAGAGUUCCGCUGUGAUGGCACUGCAGGAGGCUUGCGAGGCUUACUUGGUGGGGCUUUUUGAGGACACCAACCUGUGCGCUAUCCAUGCCAAACGCGUCACCAUCAUGCCUAAGGAUAUCCAGCUUGCCCGCCGCAUUCGUGGCGAGAGAGCGUAAAUCUUUUUGAGUGCCAACCUUCAACCCAAAGGCUCUUUUCAGAGCCAAUCACUUUCUCCAUGAAAAGAGCUGUAAUCUUUCAAGACACAUUAGACCACGAAACUGCACUGAU